GAGCUGGUUGAACCGGACCAGGUCACCAGCAGGGUACAUAACGAGAAGAGGGCCAACGUCACCACUCACCACACUCUCGCUGGUCGCUACUCCGCUUCACUUUCCUCUCCCCUCGUAUCCGAUCACCAAACCCUCGCUUCGCCGCCGCCGGGCCGGAGCCCGAAAUCCGGCCCCGCACCAUGGCCGCGCGGCAGCCGCCGGCGCUGAUGGAGGAGCUCGUGGAGGAGAUCCUCCUGCGCGUCCCGCCAGACGAACCCGAGCGCCUCAUGCGCGCCGCCGUCGUGUGCAAGCCCUGGUGCCGCCUCGUCUGCGGACCGGGCUUCCGCCGCAGGUUCCGCGAGCGGCACGGGGCGCCCCCCUUGCUGGGCAUCAUCUCGAACCGCAUGAACGAAGCCGGCGCCAAGCUGGCCCGCUUCGUCCCCACCGGCUCCUUCCGCCCGCCCCGCGCCGAUCGCAUCAACUGGCUGGCGAUCGACUCCCGCCACGGCCGCGUGCUCUUACGCAACUCGUUUUCGAACGCGGCGGUCUACGUCGCUGUCUGGGAUCCCAUCACGGACGAGCUUCUGGCACUGCCCAAGACGCCAUGGAUGAUGCCGUCGUCCGACACCAUGUACAACUACAAAGGAGCGGUGCUUUGCGCUGCAGAUGGCUGCGACCACCUGGACUGCCAUGGCGGACCCUUCCUCGUGGUCUUCGUGGGCGUGGGCGCUCAUGACAACACCAUGUCCUCCUACGUCUACUCGUCUGAAGCUAAUGCGUGGAGUGAACAAGCUCAUCAUCAGUACUUAGGUCAUCUUUGGGAGUCGGUAAGCAGCACUCUUGUGGAGAAUGCACUAUACUUCGUGGUCAAUAAAUCUCCAGGCAUCCUCAAGUACAACCUGGGCACCCGGGAAACCACUGCCAUUAGCUGCCCGACUAUGACGAAUCCUCACGUUGCACUCAUGGUGGCAGAGGGUGGUGGGCUGGGAUGCGCCACCAUUAGGUCAUCCAAGCUCUGCCUGUGGUCACAAGAGGUUGGUCCUGGUGGUGGCCAUAGCGGAUGGGCACUAGACAGAACCAUUGAGUUAAGCACGCUCGUCCCUGCUGGUCAUUCCAUACGUGAAUUUGAUGUGGCUAGCUCUGUGAAUGGCGGCGGCAUCAUUCAUGUGGGGACGUAUCAAGGCUGCAGGUCUUUUACUACUGAUUUGAAGUCUGGAAAGUUCAGUGAAGUAGGAUUCACUGCUAUCUUGGAGAACAUGGUUCCGUUCAUAAGCUUCUAUACUCCAGCACUGCAAGUGGCAUGUACGGAUGAGGAUCCAAGAGCUGCAGGUGAGCCACCAGCGGCCCCAGCGAAGUGAUCAAUGAUUUGGCACGCCUGAAGCGAUUCUGAUGAAGGCUUGCCGAGAAAGAACAAACUUGUAUGGGUCAUUGGCGCAGGCCCAACAAGUCCAAUAAUAACAGACAGCAAUGAAGAUAAAUGAAGCAGGAGAACUGAAAAGUAGAGUGGCGCAGGGGUCCCUCUGCUAGCACAUGUUUCUCUUUUUUGUUCUUCUGCAGAAUCUAUCUUUUGUCUUUGAUGAACAUUUUAUAUUUCUGGGUGUGGACCGAAUGUUUGUUUCCCUUGAGAGCACACUGGUAGAUGCGAGGUGAUUUGGCCAGUAAUAACUCAUUUUACAGUACAUGAGAAAAAUAAUGGACAACCGUUUAAGCAUCUUGAUCUC